AAAAAAAAAAAAGUGAUCACUUGCGACGAUCUACGUCACAGCAUUCGCCUUACACAGUCUAUCUACACUAACGAAUUCCAUCCCCUUCGCCGCAUUCGGAUCUUUGUUAUUCUUUUUCGGUGUCAUAUUCGCCUCUCCGUCUCAUCUGACCUGGGUUUUGGACUGACUGGUGGAUUGGAUUGGUGCUGCGGGGAAAAAUUCCCUGAAGCUUGCAACUUCGUUCUCUCAGUCCCCAAUCCAUCCUCCACGCUUUAACAGAUUCAAUCGGUCGUACACCACAAAAGAAAGAACAGUCAUGGCAUCGUCAAGAACCCCGGCGACCCUCCUCUCCUCCUCCCUCCGCCGGUGUCGGUCAAUCCCCUCGUCUGUCUGCGGCGCUUUCUCCCGCCCUAUUCCGACCACUACCACAACAAAAACAUCUCGCCCCCUCCCCGCCCUCACACAACCCACCCUCUCUUUCUGCGCGCAAUAUGGUCUACCGCGAACCCAGAUCCGACACAGUUCGCACUCCCCGCUGGGUGCUGCUACCGCCGCCCCGGCCCGGAAGAAGGUGACCCUGCAGACGCUGCGGGGCAUGUACAAGCGCGGGGAGCCAAUCACCAUGCUGACGGCGCAUGACUUCCCGUCGGGCCAUGUGGCCGAGGCGGCGGGGAUGGAUAUGGUGCUCGUCGGGGAUAGUCUGGCGAUGGUGGCGCUGGGGAUGGAGGAUACGAGUGAGAUCCUGAUGGAGGAGAUGCUGCUGCAUUGUCGCAGUGUGGCGCGGGCGGUGAAGGGGGCUUUUACGGUUGCCGAUUUGCCCAUGGGCUCCUAUGAGGUCUCCCCGGAGCAGGCCUUGCAGUCGGCGAUUCGCAUCGUGAAGGAAGGGCGGGUGCAGGGGGUCAAGAUUGAGGGUGGGGAGGAGAUGGCGCCGACGAUCAAGCGCAUCACGCAGGCGGGAAUCCCCGUGGUCGGGCACGUCGGGCUCACGCCGCAGCGGCAGCAUUCGCUGGGCGGGUUCCGCGUGCAGGGCAAGUCGACGGCGGGCGCGCUGCGGCUGCUGCGCGACGCGCGCGCGGUGCAGGAGGCCGGGGCGUUCAUGAUGGUCGUCGAGGCGGUGCCCGCCGAGAUCGCGGCCAUCGUCACCCAGAAGCUGCGCGUGCCGACCAUCGGCAUCGGGGCCGGCAAUGGCUGCUCUGGCCAGGUGCUGGUGCAGAUCGACAUGACCGGCAACUUCCCGCCGGGCCGCUUCCUCCCCAAGUUCGUCAAGAAGUACGCCGAUGUCUGGGGGGAGGCCAUCAAGGGCAUUGAGCAGUAUCGCGAUGAGGUCAAGAGCCGCGCCUAUCCGUCGGAGCAGUACACCUAUGCUAUCCCGAAGGAGGAGCUGGCGGAGUUCGAGCGAAUCGUCGAAGAAGGCCAGGACAAUUGAGUUUCUUCCUCGCUCAGAAACGUUGAUCAUUCGGUUUCAUUUGCGCGGUUCUAUCGCUUUACAUACCCCGGUGGAAUCCCUGUCGCUGGUUGAUGCGCCGUCUACUUUUGUAUAGAUACCUUUCCAUUUCCAUGUUCCCUAAUCAUACUCCCAUAGGAGACUCUGUUCAUAAAAUCGUCAAGACCAUCCACUUUGAGCCUCAAGAGGGCAGUUAG